ACGAAUGUGAAUACAUACAGUGAGGAAGAAUUAAAAGCGUACGAAACUCAGUUUAUCUUUAUCCUCUUCCUUUUUCUUUCUCCCCUUAUUAUUAACUUUUUCCUUCUAAAUUUCAGAGCAACUCAGUACUCUUUCUUUCUGAUUCUAGCUCCCUUUAUCUUUUCCUUCCCUGCAAAAGAAGAAGAUUCUUGCCUGCCCAGGUAUUCUUUUCUUUGUUUUCAGACUUCCUUUUGAUAAUUUAAUACAACCCAAAUCAAAAAAAUAAGCACACAGUUGUAAUUUUAGUUUGAUUUAAAUGAGAAAUUUUUUGAUUGUCAUUCACUCAUCAUUUGUAGUAGAAGUGUUGCUUGUUUUAUGGCUUUUUGAAGCUUAGUUGCAGUACACAUACAGCAAAGAAUUCAAUUUUUAGUUCCUUUAAUUUUUUUGUUGCAGAAAAUUUCUUCCUUUUCUUCUUCUUCUUCUUCUUCUUCAGUUUUUGUUUAUUGUAAUUUUUAGAAUUUUGUGAGUUCUGAGGGGAUUUCUGAUUGAUGAUUUUAGAAAUUUGUGAAUAUUCAUAAUUUGUGGUGGGAGGAUCUGAAAGAAAAAUGGAGGAGGAGAAACAAUUAGAUUUCAAUGCACCGUUUUUAUCAGUCCGGCGGUUUUCGUCUCCUUCACAGAGAAACAAGAACGAGAAUAGUAAGAAAUCAUCUUCAAUUCCUUCUCCUUAUCCUUCUUAUUACAAACCGGAGUUGAAGUCCGGGCCGAUUAGAAAUGCCGGUGCUGUUCCGUUCAUGUGGGAACACACACCAGGCACACCCAAGGAUGAAAUUAAUACAAAUCAGGGCCUAUUCGUUUCACCGGAAGUCCGGCCAGCGGUUGCUCCGAAGCUCCCACCAGGUAGGGUGUUAGAAAUUAAACGGCGGGUACCACCGGAGAAGAAAGAAUUCAUCAAAGAACAACAACCCAAGAAUGAAGUAGUUAAGGUACAGUCUCAAAUGAAGAAAUUUGUUACUUCUAACCGCCGGAGUAAACUGAGGGGGGACGAUAAUAAUGCCAGUAAAUUGGAGAAUUUGAAAGAUGUUCAGGUGACGGGACAAAAGGGCGCUUUGGGUUCAGAGGGAGACGAUGAUGAUGCAUUCAUAGACGCGCAGGACACAUUAUCGAGAAGUGAAUCGUUUUUCUUCAAUUGCAGUAUAAGUGGUGUGAGCGGAUUAGACGGUUCGGCAGACGCUAAACCGCCUUCUGGUACAUUUGCAACUGAUCUGAAGACGAGAGAUUUCAUGAUGGGUCGAUUCUUGCCUGCUGCAAAAGCAAUGGCUUCUGAUACACCACAGUAUGCUCCUAGGAGGCAAGCUGUUGCAGCGCGCGAACCAUCUCCGAGACAAUUGCCAAGAGUGCCGAUGAAUGAGGAGAAUGCAGGUAAUUUACUUCAGAUUACGCCGUAUGCGGAGCCAAAAUUCGCCGAGGAUGUCAGUGAGGACGAAAGCGAAGAUGAUGGGGAUGAUUACAGCGAGGCGGGGGAUUCAUUAUCAAAAGGAUGUGGGUUAUUUCCUCGGCUUUGUUUAAGGAGUUCGGCAUGUCUGUUAAAUCCAAUCCCUGGGAUGAAAGUUCGCAGCCAUACACCCUUACCUUCUGCUCGUCAGGUUAGCGCGUGGACAAGAAGCGAAAAAUAUCGAUUGCACAUCCGAAGUAACGAUGAGAAAAAAUUGGAAACCGUCUAUAAACACAAAUUGAUUACCGGCCUUAGACAAAUUGAUGAUGAAAAUAAGCUUAGAAGUGAAUCCAAUGAGCUUGUGUGCUGGAGUGGUUCCCAAACAACUGAUGGUUCAUAUAAGAAUGGACUUUCAGGGGAUGUCGGAAUAUCACCUUACCGAAAUGAAGCCACACAGUCUCCCUUCAGGGAAGGAGCUGGUUUUCUUGGAGUUCCUAACCAAGUUGUUAAUUCGAAGGAUACACGUUUUGAUCCGUAUACGAAAGGCAGUCCAAAUAAAGUAGUAUCUCAUCGAGGUUCAGGUUCCAUGAGCCCUGCAGCUGAGAAAACACUGUAUAUUGAUUCAGUCCUUUUGUUAGAAGCUCCGAAUUCUUGCUCGAGUUCUUCAGAUUACAAGGAUUUCAAGGACAAUGAUUCUCAAAUUGUGGUGAGAAGUCAGGGGCUGGAAGAGACUUCUCUUGCAGAAUUGUUUCUUCAAGAUAACAACGACGAGUUGGAUGUUUCAAGGAAAGGAAGUGUGUCAGAGCCGAAAUCGUCAGAGUUUGUUAGUAGUGAACAUAAUUUUUCCACGGAUAAAUCGAAUCACGAAGAUAACGUGGAGGUACUUAAAAAAGUUGAUAAUGCUGAUGAUGAAGCUAGGUUCUUGGUGUGUUCGAAUGUGCCUACGAUUGGAAGCCUAGAGUUUGACAAGCCAGAGCCUGUAAGUACUGAAAAUGAAGGAAAUCUGAGUCUCGUUUGUUUUCUGGCUCCUCUGCCACCUCCCUUGCCAAAGUCACCUUCAGAGUCUUGGCUGUUGCGGACAUUGCCUUCGGUUUCCUCGAGGAAUGCUGCUCAAUUCUCUAGAAAGCAGGCGCUUAAGAGAUUCUCCAAUGAUCCCAAGUGGGAAACCAUUGUUAAAACUUCGUAUGUGAACAACAGCAACUCGCGAUUUUCUGAGGGACUCAAAAAACCUGCAAUGCAGUAAUUGGAAACUUAAAUGGCAGUGCAAAAGAUCUGUUACAUCUAGCCCCCAACCUCAGUCAUAUGCUUUGAACUCGCAGCUGGCAGUUUGAUGGUAUCAAAGGUAACACUAGUAUUUCAUCUUUGUUCCUUGUCGAUGCUAAUUCUCAUUCUUUCGUUUUGGACACCAAGAAUUCCAAAUGGAAGCCGUGGGGUGACCAAGAAUCCCUCUGCUACCUUCCAAUAGAUACUAACCUCAGGCCACCCAAAAUAUAGUUUUGAGUACUAGUUACCAAAUUCAAACAUCUCUGUUUAGUGCUUCUAUUUUUUCUUAGUUUCGAUCAUAUUUGUAAAUGCAUCAGCAGCAUCCAUUAUUUCCUCAGUAAAGAGUAUAUACCGCUGCCAAUGGUAAAUGUACAUGUUUAUCCUCAGUACUCUUGAAUCUCAUGAAAAGCAUAUAAAUAAAACAUUCUUGCGUUUA